AAAUGCGGACGGUUUCGGCUAUCGUUAGGCAACCAAAGAAACAUUUAAAUUCAUGUAGUCGCGGUUAUUUACAUGUUUAACUUUUUGUUAAAAAAAAUAAAAGAUAUAUUUUUAUCAGAUAUUUUAGUUCACGCAAAAAGAGUUGCCAGUUACCAAUGCCAGGUCCAACGAGGUAUGCCAGGUCAUAUAAGUUUAGUUUCGGUUCCAAGCACUAUCGUCGUAAAAAUGGCGGCCUCGUUAGCUCUCCGUGUGGCUCUAUCGCCGAAAAAACCGCUGAGUGGCGCGUGCCGGUGUCGCCAGUGGCCGCUACUCCUCCAAGCAUGUGGACUCAAACUCUGGAAGGCCCCUCCGGACUACGGAGACGUAGAGUUCCCGGAGGAACGCAGGCUGAGAAUUCUGGAGAAGACCCCGCAGUACCCGCCAGGCGUCUCCUCUCCCAAGAUGGUGAAGGACUUGGCGACGAUACGUGGACCGGAGCUGGUGCACAACAAGCUGCUCUACAACCAGUACGGCAUCAUCACGCUGUGUGGUGGGUUCCUUCGUCCUGGCCACAUUGACAUGAUCCGGCUGACCAUCAACAAGAAGCUCGAGACACAGACCAUGUUUGCAGUCUGGAGGAUAGACCCACCCUGGAAGCCCAUCACAAAAAAGGGGCAAGGAAAAAGAAUGGGGAAGGGCAAAGGGUCUAUUGACCACUACGUGACCCCCGUAAAGGCAGGACGCAUCAUUGUCGAAAUGGGAGGCCACAUCGAUUUUGAGGAAGUGAAACCGCUGCUCCAAGAGGUAUGCUACAAGCUUCCUGUGGAUGCCAUCCCCAUCAGCCAGGAGGUCCUGGACAACCUGAGGAAGCAGGAGGAGGAGAUGGUGCAGAAGAACAUCAACCCCUUCAGCAUCGAGAGGGUGAUUGACUACCAGAUGCAGGGCUCCCAGCAGUGGAUCAGCAAGUACGACAAGAAGUACUACACCAAGUACAUUUGAUGGGACAGUGCCAUGUAUAACAUCUGGCCUCAUACUGAUACGGUAGUUCUUGUCAUCUGCCACAAAUCGAAGAGCUAGGUUAAUAAAAUGAUGAAUUGUU